UAGGGUAAGCAGGCAGAGAGAGUCCUCCUGGAACUGAACCAGGCAGCUUGAAGAUUCAUGUGGAGCUCCUUAACCCGCAGCCUCUCUGACCAUUCAGUUGGCAAAGCCCUGCAGACCAUGAAGACUGGUCAAAGACAGAACAAAGGGAUGAGGACGCGACUGGGAUGUCUCUCUCACAAGUCAGACUCAUGUAGUGAUUUCACGGCGAUUCUUCCUGACAAACCCAACCGGGCUCUAAAGAGACUAUCCACAGAAGAAGCCACGAGGUGGGCAGACUCCUUUGAUGUGCUUCUCUCCCAUAAGUAUGGGGUGGCUGCGUUCCGUGCCUUCUUGAAGACGGAGUUCAGCGAGGAGAACCUGGAAUUCUGGUUGGCCUGUGAGGAGUUCAAGAAGACCAGGUCAACUGCAAAACUGGUCUCCAAGGCCCAUAGAAUCUUUGAGGAGUUUGUGGACGUGCAAGCUCCGAGGGAGGUAAACAUAGACUUCCAGACCCGAGAAGCCACGAGGAAGAACAUGCAAGAGCCAUCCCUGACUUGCUUUGACCAAGCCCAGGGAAAAGUGCACAGCCUCAUGGAGAAAGACUCUUACCCCAGGUUCCUGAGGUCCAAAAUGUACUUAGAUCUGCUGUCCCAAAGCCAGAGGAGGCUCAGUUAGACCUCAGAUGGGACUCUCGGAGAUCAUCGGCUUUCCCCUACCCCUUGCUGCCAAGACCAUAUUCUAAUGUGAAAUGUCAUAAGUGUUCAAAAGCAGAGGCAUUUAGUUUGGGAGGCUGGGAGAGCGAGAAAGGGGUGAAGGGCCAUUCCAAAGUAUGAUCCUGCCACCAGAGCUUGGACCCUGUUCCAUGUACCCAUGUUUGCGUAUGGUUAGUGGUAGCCCCUUGCUGCUGUCCACCUUCUCUGGGUCAGCCACUUGUCCUCCAUAAUGCCUUGGGUCAUCUCCACUGAGAAGGCAGAUCUGCUAUGCUGGGCAAAUUUGUAAAUAAUGCAAAUGCAAUUUCCACCAUUCCCACACCCUCCUUGGUUAGGACUCCUGACCCUAAUUGGUCCUGCAUCUUUACGAGGAGCAGUUAGAAGAUACUGGCUCAUGUUUGUGAUUUAUUGUCAUAAUAUAAUGGCCAGUCCUAGGUGCUGGGCCCUCACAGUUUAGGAGAGAGGUCUCUGUGGAACUCUAGGUUUCCAGCACUGUCAUUGACAGGUGGCCUCUGGGCAAAGGGGCCAGCUCCAUGGAGUUGACUGUUUCUUUCCAUUUCUAUUAACCCAGUAUGAAAAGCUGUGACCACUGCCCUUCUUAGCCUAAGAAAUUCACGAGGCUCUCCUACCCUUGCAAUUCCAGAAAGGGUCUUGGGAGACAUCCCUCUUGACUUCUGAAGUGAAGCUGCUACCAGGAAAGACACAGCUUGCAAAUCUUCCUCAAUUCAGCUGAGAAGUUUUCCAAAAGUCAAAUGACCAGGGAAUGUAGUGUCAGUAGAUUUUUGUGCAAUGGGGCUCCACAGAACCUUCUUGUUGCUUAAUGUAUUCUAUGCCCUUGCCACCCUGUGGCACCAUGUAUCACUGAUUUCUUAGAAUGAGACAGCUUGGCAAAGGGAGGUAAAUCCCCCUAGUGCAGACAGUUCUCACAGUGCCUACUACUUUCCCUGUCUCUGCCCAUCACCCAUUCCAUGCAGGUCAUGUAGGUACGAUGGGGGAGAAUGGGAAUGUAGGCUGUCACUCUCUUUCCAGCUUGCUUCCUGGGAGCAUGCUUUCUUAGAUAGGUUCCUCUAAUGAGGACCACCUACUCAGCAGCUUCUUUCUUGAUCUUUGACCUUUUGGGAUUAAACAUACAGCAGAAGGUGAGGCUAAGAAGAGCACUAUGUACAUCUGGAUGUGGAGAACCUUCCUAAGAUGCUUUCAGGGGACCCUGGGACUGCUUUUGGAAAUGUGUUGGCAAACUCCCUUGGAGGAUGAGUGAGACACAUGGAACCUACUUUAGCUGCCCAGUCAAAGAGCUGACUUUGGCACAAGAUUGCAGUAUCAAGAAGAUGAAUCUUCAGUAAGAAGACCCGGAAGUGGAUGUGGAGUCUGGAAGAGGCUGCUCUCCAGAUGAACCGAAAUCAAGAGAAUGUGAUGGUGGCCCUAUGGGUAUUUCCCAGCCCAUGGAUUUGGAUUCACUGUAGAUCUCCAAAACUUUCGGCUUAACACAGUGAGACAGCACAUGAUUAGCCAUAAGCACUGGAGUGCAGGGUAAGAUUUAGACA